UCUGAUGUCAUUGUCUAUCCUCUUAAAUCACACACCACGUCAAAGGUGCUGUUUUCAUACUCCCAUUCCUCAGGGCUCUCAAAUUUUGAAGACAGGCAAUAAUCGUAAUUUUCGGAUAUCAGUCAGUCGCGCGCAAUUCCAGGAUGCUUUUUUUUCAUUGGUUGCUGGAUUAAAUCUUCCCCAGAUACAACAGAUACGGUUUUUUCUCUGAUUGGCUAUUGUGUAGUCCAUUUCUUUUUUUUGAUUGGCUGAUAAGUGGCUCCUCACAGCAGAACUCCAGGGGAGCGCUUGAUUCCUCCACGGUGAGGGCAGCGCGGCCAGCUCAUGUUGGCGCGCUGCGGCACAUUAAAACAUUAAAGAGCUGAGAGGUUUUUUCAGCGUGAGAAAUACGAUGUGUGGCGUGAGUGCGUGACUUAAGACCGAAAUGCGUGAGUCUCAAUGCGUGACACUUGAGAGCCCUGGGGAAUGACUGAUGAUAUUUUCCAAAAAAGCCAAAAUGACAUGUGGGCGGGAAAAUGCUGCUGCGCCUCUACUCGGCUCUUUCCGGCCGAGGCGCCGGAGACGAGCUGCUGAACACCCGCAGCCGAGAGAGCGCGAGCCGAGCCGCGGGAGGAGGAACCGAGCGACCCGGGCGGACUGAGCUGCUUUCGACACCCCGUUUCCGCCGGGAAGAGCGGGGAGCUGCUGGAGGGGCCCGGGUACUCGAGCCGGAGAGAAUGAGAGGACCGGGAACAUGAACGGGGCCGUGUACAUCUCGUUCUUCCAGGGCCAGCUGGAGUCCGUGCUGGAGCAGGUCGUCCAGCUCGCGGUGCAGGAGAUUAGCAAGACGGUGGGCUGCAGCCUGAACACGCUGCUGCUGGAGGCGGCCGGCAAGGAGCAGGAGAACCACCGGCUGCGGCUGCGGCUGCAGGCGUGGGAGAGCCGGGCAAGAGGAGGCGACGGCCCGCGGGACGAGGCGGGCGAGGGGAGGCCGGACGGCGGCAGAACAAAGCCCGAGCCGCCGCCGCUCCACGGCCCUGGAGGACGAGGCGUCGAGCCCGGCGUGCUCACCGACAUACGCCGCCUGGAGCAGCGGGGCCGGGUCGUGGACCAGCUGAAGGCCGUCAUGGAGCAGGUCCUGGACUUCGCGGUCCACGAGCUGACAAAGAUCGUUGAGGCCUCGUUUGACGACCUGCUGCUGGAGAUCACCAAGAUGGAGCGAGAGCAGCAGGACCUGGGGCUGACGCUGGACCAGAGCUCCGAGAGAGGGGGAGGAGCCGGGGGGGGCAGGAGGCGGGGCUCCGAGAACGACUCAGUCUCACCAAGUGGCUCUGAAGACACCCGGGAGGAGAUGUCUGAGGUCACAGUGUCCAAAGAGAUGGAGAAGACAGACGACCGGGAGCGCCCCCCCGUCCUCUCGGUGUCUCAGGACUGGGUUCCCAUCCUGGACAAGGUCUUUGGUCAGAAGUGGUGCAGCGACGUCUGGCAGAUCAAGGAGCUGGAUGGAGGAGGAGGAGGAGCCAGAAGAGGAGGAGGUAGUGGGCGCUGUCUAGGUGAGGGGGGGGCAGAUCAGGUGGCACCUCUCUCCGCCCCCUCUGUGACCCUGGAGCCCUCGCCCUCCUCCCCCCAGCAGGACCCCCGCUGGACUCCUCUGGAGGACAUGGAGGUGUUUUCUCCUGAUGAAGAAGCUGCAGACGGUCAGAGGAAGACCACCGGACCCGGAACCCCCCUCAGACCCACAGGGUCUUCAGGCCACCGCUCCUCUGCAUCGAUGCUCCAUCGUCUCCUGACGCUGCCGUCUCAGCUGCUGGAGGACGAGGACAAAGAGACGAUGUCCCCAGUGAGACCCGGUCGUCUGUGUCCGUCUCCAACCAGAGAGGAGGAGCAGGAGGAGGAGGAGGAGGACGGGGAGGACAAAGACAGGAAGAGGAAGAGGAGGCGUGUCUGGUCAGAGUGUGAGGAAUGUGGGCGUCGGUUUAGCCACAUGUCUCUCCUGAAGGUUCACCGUCAGACUCACGCCUCCUCCUCCUCGUCUCCUCCUGGCUCCGCCUCCUCCUCGACUCCUCCUGGCUCCGCCUCUUCCACUCUCUGCUGCUCCGCCUGCGGGAAGAGGUUCACCUCAGCGACCCGCCUCCACAGCCACAUCCGGACCCAGCACCCCGGGAACCGGUCCUGAGCCGGGAAACGGGAUCAACGGAGCUUCGUCAGAACCAGAACCCGACCAGGACCAGAUCAGGACCAGGACCAGAUCAGGACCAGGACCUCAAAAGCACUUUUUUUAUUCUAAAUAAUCAAUCAUUAAGAUUAUUGAUGAAUCUCUGUGAGAGUUUAAAUAUUAAUCAUUAUUUUAUUGUAGAAUUUAAAACCUGAGCAGAGCUCCAUUUCAAUGAGAUUAUUGAUUAUUGAUCUCAGAAACAAACCGAAGAACUACAAUGAAGUCGCUUGAGGAUCCGUCAAGAUUUGGUCUGGGCCCUGGUCUGGGCCCUGGUCUGGGCCCUGGUCUCAUGGAAACAACGAUCAAAACAAAGAAAGAUGUUUUAAAGUCAGAACUUUGUUUCGUCUUCAAUUCUUAAUGAUUAUUAUAAUUAUAAUUAUUAUUAUAACUAUAAUAAUACUUAUGAUUAUGAAUCUGAUGAUUUAUUUCACUUGUUUACAUGAUGAACUUUAAAACAAACAGAAUGGAUUGAAGAUGUUUAUCCAACAGGAAGUACAGCGGAGGAGGAGCAGGACGAAGGGGAACUGCAGCUCCUCCUCCGCUGUGCAGAGGACGCUACGCCUUUAACUCCAAGGAAAAAAUAAGUGAAACGUUAGGAAAGUUUUUUUAUUUUACAAUGAAACAAACAUUAUUUUUAUUUUUAAUGAUUUUCCUUUUUUAGGGUUAUGGUUGAAAUGUAAUUUUUAAAAUAAAUAAUCCACAUGUGGAUUUAUGUUUCCUGAUUUAAUAUUUAGUUCCCAGAGUUCUGACCAGAGAGGACAGACCCAGAGGUCAUGACCUCAGCUCAGGGUCACCGCUCAGCAUUUAACUCUGGACUUAAGAGAUGGAAUGCAAACAAAAUACUAAUUCAGACUUUUUAUUUAUUUUGGCUACUGGAUACAAAUCAGAAACAAAUCUCCAUAUUUAUUCUUUAUUCAGUACAAACAACAACAACAACAACAACAUUGAGUUCACCAAGAUUCAAAACACAAAGUAAAAACUCUUUUCUGGCUUCAGCUCAACAUCGUCUGAGACAUGCCUCAUUUAUGUGUUUCAUUGUUCCUCUUUCCACACGGACCUCAUUGCCUCAGAUGGUCAUGUUGUGUUGUUGUUGUUGUUUAAAACACAACCUGAAGCUGUCGCGUGUAGACCAGCGCUUCCACGGCGUAGAGGAGUCCGGAGCUGAGAGCUCAGAGCGGCAGCUGGAGGACGUGUUCUCAGAACUGUUCUGCAGCUCGAAGGUCUCAGAACGUUUAAAUAACGACCGAUGAGAACCGACUAGAGAUGCACCGAUCAGGUUUUUUGGUGCCGAUCACUGAAAUCAGUAUCUGCCGAUCCGAUAAUACCGAUCACCGAUCACGGUGUCGGUUGAAGCAUUCUAUUUAUUGUGGAGCAUUAUUGCUAUGAGGACUAUGAGGAAAUACAUAUAUAAAGCACCUCAAACAUUAAAGAAAUUACUGAUUUCUUUAAACAUUUAGGACUUUUACUUUGAAAAAUGUCCUAAUUGAUACAUAAAAAUUGAUUGAUUGCUAUUAUAGGGGAUUUCAGAUAUGUAUGGAACACAUCUGCAUCAUUCAUUUCCUGGAACUCUUGGGGAGAUCUAUAGACAGGACUUUGUUUAACAUACAAAAGUCUGACUUAUCUUUAUAAACUCUUCCUUGGUGCAGUAACAAUGUGUUAAUGUUAGCAUAAUUUAAGCUAAAUCUCAGAAACGAUCUCUAAAGAUACAAAAUCAGUUCAUUGUUUACUUGUAUAUGUUAGUGUAUGAUUUGUCGACAUCUUAUUUUGAAUAGCGGAUGUUGUUUCACGUGGUUCUUUCCGCUAACGUGAUCAAACCCUCUCGCUCCCGAUGGAAUGUGUUUAGCGUGAGCGUCUCUAGGGGCAGACAUGUGAGAGUCGGCUGAGUCGACCCAGAGAUUCAACUCGGGGGACGGGGACGCCGCUCGGUGGGGAGGAUCCCCUCUGACCUCUGACCUCUGCGGCCCUCGCCGGGCGCAUCGUCUCCGUUGCGAUUGAAACGUCUCUGAUAGUUUUUCUCCCAGAAGUUACGUCAUCUGAUCGGCCGUUUUGAGAACGCCGAUCAAAACCGAUAAUGGGAAUAUCGGCCGAUAUGGAUCGGCGCCGAUCAGAUCGGUGCAUCCCUAGAACCGACGGAACCCAAACACGACGAGCACCUCCAGAUGUUCCCCAGAUGUUUGCUCUGGAACGGGCCGAGUCAUUCUGUGGGUCUUACGCGACAGCGGCUGCUUCUCUGCACUGAAACCGACGGGGGGUUCUCCGCAUCAUGGGACCUGUUUACAGACCCGAGCCGGCGGCGGUGGAACCCGCGGACACCAUUUAAUUCAGUCGAGGCCACGAGUUCUGUCUUAUUUUAUCAACAAAAGAUAUCUGUAAACGUUAGCUCAAAGCUAACGUUAGCUCAAAGCUAUUCAAUUCAGUUUAUUUGUAUAGCCCAAUUUCACAAAUUACAAAUUAGUCUCGGAGUGCUUUACAAUCUGUACACAUAGACAUCCCUGCCCCAAAACCUCACAUCGGACCAGGAAAAACUCCCAAAUAACCCAGCUAGAGUUCAUGUGUUUUUUAUUUUACGUGGGAAGAUGACGUCACAAAGCUGAGACGAGGGGAAAGAAGGGAAUCAACGAUAGUUUCACACCUGAACCUGCGGAACCCGGGGUUCCCCACAGAACCCCCCUGCUGGUCUGCAGACGGAGAGCCGGGGUUCCUCAGGGAACGAUCUGAGCUGCUCUUACAUUUUGUGAAUAAGGGGACAAAGGGAUGUUUUUGACGUUUGAGUACAUUUGUCUUGGGAUACGGGGAACCUGCGUCCACGGGGAACCUGGUUCUCCGUGACUUUACGUAGCAUGAGUUCCUCCGCGUGACCUCACUGACGCCACCUGUUGGAGAAGGAAGUUCAUCAGUGUUUUUAGAUUUGAUGCAAUACUUUUGAUACGAUGUGUCCCUUUUUCUAAUUCAGUCUAAUAAAACCAAAUGUAAAAGCA